AUGAUCAAAAUAAGUUCAUUAAGAAGAAAGGCAGACCCUCUAUUAAUUGUUAGUAAAAGAUUACCGUCUUACAUAAAAAAGGAAAAAAUAAAAUUAACCAGAAAUAGCAACGUUAAUAAAAAAAAUGUAAAAUAUUAUCAGGUACCUCAUUUUGUUCAAGAACUUAUAAAAUUUACGAGAAAGAAUAAACUUUGGAAGGAACAAAAUAAUGAGAAUAACAUGGACAUAAAUAAUAUUCAUAUUAAUAAUAACAAUAAUAAUAAUGAUCAUGCAUGUUAUAACAAUAUUAUAAAUAAAAACAAAAUUCAUUAUGUUAAUAAUCUUCUUAAUGAAAUACCGAAAAAUAAAAAUCUGUUAACAUCCUAUCUAAUAUGUGAAAUAUAUGGAUGCUUAUACAAAUUGAAUUAUUUAAAGCUAGAUAUAAUAUUUCUUUUAUUUAGUAUUCUUAUAAACAAUACCAUAAAUUUUUUUAAUUUGAGUGGUUAUGUAAAUUGUAAUUUUAAAGAGCUAAUAAAUAUUACCAAAUAUAUAUAUCAUUUUCAAAAGGUAUGUAAUUCAAAUAUUCAAAAUAUUCUUCAUAAGAAACCGAACUUGACAGAACUAAAAAUUGUUCAAAGGUAUCUUAAAGAAAAUAAUAAGGAAAUGAAAAGCAAACAUGGGUGUUAUAAUUAUAUAUAUAAUUAUAUACAAAAAUAUGAUCAUAUUGAUAAUAUAGACAUUUUAAUUUAUUCCCUAAUUAAAUGUAAAAAAGAUGAAAAAGGUUAUAUAUAUGAAAAGAUAAAAAAAAAGGAUAUUGUAUUAGAUGAUGAAAAUGAUAUUACUAGUAAUAUAAGAAAUAUGUCAAAUAUGUCAAACAUAUCAAAUAUAUUUCCCCCUGCUAUUACAAAUACAUCCAAUUAUAAUAACACAUUAGUAGACGAUAAUAACGAAAUGGAUCGUCUAAUAGAUUAUAUAAACUCGUUCUAUAAAUUAAAUGAUAUGUUCAAUUUUUUACUGAACAAAAUUUUGAACUAUUUCAAUGAGAAUUCAGUAAAUUUUGAUUUUCAUAAUUUAAAAUUAUUAUUUUUUUUUAUUUCAAAAUUUGAAAAAUUCGACACUAAUUUGUUAGAAAAUAUAUCGAAUAGAUUAAUUAGCGAAAUCGAAAAAAUGAAAACGAAUCCAAAAUUAUUGGAUGAUGAAGAAAAUUCAACAAAUGAUCCAUUAGAAAAAAAUAUAGUAAAUCAUUUAAAUCAUAAUAAAAUAAAAAGAAGAUUAAAUAUGUAUAAUAAAAAAAUGAGAUAUAUAAAUACAUUUAAUAAAAUUAAUUCGAAAGAAUUUCUUAUUCUACCAUAUACUAUUGGUUUAUCUAUGAAUAGAUAUUUUAAUAAUUAUCUUAUAGAAUAUAUAAAUAUCUAUAUAUUAAGUCUUAUUAAUUCUAGAGUUAAUUGUGAUAUACAAACUUUUAUAUAUACUUUGAUAGGUUACAGACAUAUCAUGGUUAACUUUUUUAUUCUAUAUAACAUUUUUCUCUUUAAAGAAAAGUGUUUUCAAAAUGAAAAUUUAUUAAAAAAAUAUAAAUUUUUCUUAAACAAAUUAAUUCAUCAUGAUAUACAAAACAUGAAUCAAAUAUCAUCCAAUAAAAUCAUAAAAAUAAAAAAUCAUAUGAUGAAUAAUAAAAUAAAAAGCGAAGAAGAAACCAACAUAAUGAAUCAUAAUAAAUAUAUAAACGUAUUAAAUUUGGAAGACACAAAACAUACUAUUAAUCAUUUAAAUUUAGAUCAAAAUAUAUCUCUACAAUCAGUAAAAGAACAAGACUUACAUAAUAUAUAUUAUACAUCAUCAAAAAAUGAACUGAAAAUAAACCAAGAGAAUAUUUUUGAUUUACUAAUAAAAGAGUUUCACAUAAAUUUAGAAAAAAUAAUGUUAAUAAAUUUUGACAAAAAUUCAUUAUAUCAACAAUAUACUAGUAAAGAUAUUUAUCAUUUUUUUAUAACUUAUAAGAAAUUAUUUCAGAAGGUAUAUAAUUAUUCCAUAUUCUUAUUAGAUAAACAUAAUAUUAAUGAUAUGCUUACAAUAUAUCAACAUAUCAAAGCACAUUCAUUAAAUGACAUAAUAAUAAACCAUGUCUUUAUAGAAACACUUUAUAAUAAAAUAAUUUUAAAUUCGGUUCCAAAAAAAAAUUAA